AUGGGAUUUUUGCUCCUCGUAAUUUUCGCUCUAGCAGCUUUGGAAGGUGUCCGGUCCCAGGUGCAGCUGGUGGAGUCCGGAGGGGAUGUGAAAAAGCCCGGAGACUCUCUCCGCCUCUCCUGCAAAGCCUCCGGGUUCACCUUCAGCAGCUACUGGAUGACCUGGGUCCGGCAGGCUCCUGGCAAGGGGCUAGAAUGGGUCGCUCAAAUAUACCCCGGUGGGAGUAGUACAUACUACCUUGAUUCAGUGAAAGGCCGGUUCACCAUCUCCAGGGAUGAUCCCAAGAGUGAGCUGUAUCUGCAAAUGAGCGGCCUGAAGCCCGAGGACACCGCCCGCUAUUACUGUGCUAGGCGGGGAUCCACACCCAACCUUUCAUUUUCAGGUGCCAAUCUAAUAAUAAUUCUAUCUUGUAGUCCAGCAUUGCAAGGCAGAAUUUCAAACAUAGAGAAUGAAAAGGGAUCAGGCCAAGGUCUUGGUGUCUUUGCAGUUACCGUCAGAAACCCUUCCCACGUCAGCAACAUGAUAUCGUGGCUGAAUCUUCUCUUUAUUCUAGCAGCCCUUGCAGAUGUCCGGUCCCAGGUUCUUCUGGUGGAGUCUGGAGGUGGAAUUCAGAAGCCCGGAGACUCUCUCCGCCUCUCCUGCAAAGCCUCCGGGUUCACCUUCACCAACUACCAUAUGAGCUGGGUCCGUCAGGCGCCCGGGAAGGGCCUGGAGUGGGUCUCACGGAUAUACAACCCUGCUAAUAGCCACAGAACAUUUUACAGUGAUGCCGUUAAAGGGCGAUUCACCAUCUCCAGAGACGACUCCAACAGCCUGGUGUAUCUGCAAAUGACCAGCCUGAAAGCGGAAGACACCGGCCGCUAUUACUGUGCGAGAGACACAGCAAUCAGAAAUCAACUGCAGUGAAUACAAAAACCUCCUCCUCGAAUCCAAACAUUUCUGCUCUUCAACCCGCUUCCUAAACAUGAACUAAGAGGAAGAAAUGCCAGAGACAUUAUUUAAAGAGUCUGUUUGCCAGAAGCUGGGAAUGGGCGACAGGGGGUGGAUCACUGGGUGACUCUCUGUACUGUUCAUACCCUCUGGGGCACCUGGCAUUGGCCAUUGCAGGGAGACAGGACACUGGGCUAGAUGGACCUUUGGUCUGACCCAGUCUGGCUGUUCUUAUGUUCUUUAGAGUCGUGGUGGA